CACAGGAGCAGCGGCCCGCCCAGGUGGGCGCGUGUGCCGCUCCCUGAUCUCCGCCGGCGCACUGUCUCCCAGCGGGAGCUCGUUGCAGGCGGCGAGGGCCCGCCUCCCAGCCGGGCAGGAGGCGUGGGCAUGGAGCUGGCCGCCGUCGCCAAGCCCCGGGCCCGCGCCGCUGCCUAGGGCGACCCGAGGGACGCUGCCUAGGGCGCGGCUCCGGGGACCCGUGCGGCCUAGCACGGCCCGGCGCUGCGCGGAUGGCCCUGCUCCUGCGGCCCGUGCUCGCCGUCCUUCUUCUCCUCCUGACCGCCGCUUUCAGGUGCCAGGAGCAGGCCCAGACCACCGACUGGAGAGCCACCCUGAAGACCAUCCGGAACGGCGUUCACAAGAUAGACACGUACCUGAAUGCCGCCUUGGACCUUCUGGGAGGCGAGGACGGGCUCUGCCAGUAUAAGUGCAAUGACGGAUCUAAGCCUUUUCCACGUUAUGGAUAUAAACCCUCCCCGCCGAAUGGAUGUGGCUCCCCACUGUUUGGUGUUCAUCUUAACAUUGGCAUCCCUUCCUUGACAAAGUGCUGCAACCAACACGACAGGUGCUAUGAGACCUGCGGCAAAAGCAAAAACGACUGUGAUGAGGAGUUUCAGUAUUGCCUCUCCAAGAUUUGCCGAGAUGUGCAGAAAACACUAGGGCUAGCUCAGCAUGUGCAGGCAUGUGAAACCACCGUGGAGCUCUUGUUUGACAGCGUUAUACAUUUAGGCUGUAAGCCGUACCUGGACAGCCAACGAGCCGCAUGUAGGUGUCGCUACGAAGAAAAAACUGAUCUUUAAAGAAGAUGCUGACAGGUUGUGACAGCAGAUGAGGACAGAAGAACAUAACCUUUGACAAAGAGCUAAUGUUUUCACAGCAUAAAGCUGCCUUAUUUUUGUGAAAGGAUUAUUUUAAGACCUUAUUUUGACAUUAAAACUUCAAACUAAAGAAACAAAUGCAGGUUAUCUUCCUGGAUGUUGCUGCCUUAGUGUGCCAUGUUGUCUUGACAAUCACAGAAAGAGGUGCAUGUUAAGGGAGAAUUUUUUAAAAGAAAGAGUCUAACUCAAUUUUCACAACUAUAUUUAUCAAAAAAUAAGGUCAAGUGUAAAAUUCAUUGUAAGGUAUGUUCAACAUUAUCUUAUUUGGAAAUAUGGGGAAAUUUUCACUUAAAAGUAUGUUUGUUUACUGUAAAAUUUAAAAUAUACAUUUAUGCCCAGAAAGAUCUGACUUUAUUUUUGCUCUUUUAAUUAACACAUACAGUUUUUCCAUAGCCCAUUGAGCAUAUGAAUAAGCCACACUUCUAUGAAUGACAGGACUAGUUACAAGGACAUGUCUGUUUCUCUUGUAAAAUUGGAACCAUCUCCUGGGACCUCUUAGGAAACAAAACUAGGAUAUCUAGGUAUUAAUAUGUGCUUAGAAGGUGACGUGAACAAAAUUCAGAAGCAUAGCCCAUUUUAUGAACCGCUUAUGACAAAUUUCAUAUUUUGCUAUAUAAACUUUGCCUAAAUUGGAGAAAAGAUGGAUUUAAUGAGACAAAUGAAAAGUUGUUUAAUAUAUACAUCAGAGCAUUAUAUGCGUUAUAUGCUUUGGUGUUUACUCCCUAGGACUUACUCGUGGUAGAUUCUGGGAUAUUUUUAAAAGACAGUAAACCAUUUACUAAUACUGGCCUUCAUAAAAAUUGUUCUUGAUAUUGUUGGGUUUUUUAAGUCUUUAACUGUGGCGUCAAAAGGGAUGGAAAAGCAGGAUCCAAAGAACUAUCUUUUGUAGAAAAUUAUUAACAGAUGUUUAAGAGCAAAUCCCAGAACUUCAACUGCCUCUGAAAAUGUCUGUGAGGAUUGAAAGCUUUUCAACCCCUUGGAAAGCUCAGCUGUGUUCCUCUACCAUUCUUUGCUUACCACUGGCUGUCGACUUUCCCUAGCCCAAGAUCCCAAGCCAUGUAUAUCUUUUGGGUAACCUCUGGCCAAAGUUAUUAAGAUGAACUGCUUGCAAAGUCAGAGAAAGCCAGCACCAGCAGAAGUGGUUCUUUCUAAAUCAAUACAGGCAGAAUUGGGAUGAAUGAAAAAUAUGUUCUGGAAAAAGGGCCACAUUCCUAACUUUGAAUAUAUGUUAUUGCUGAGAACCUGAUGGCUUCCCAACCUGAGAUGGUGGCAGCUAUUCUGCUAAUAGAUGUGUCCUCUAUUAGACAAGGCAAGUGUAUCCCUCAGGGCUAAGUAAGCAAACUGGGCUCCAGUUGCAUUACUUGACCAGGUAACUUUAAACUUGUAAUAAAUUCAUGGAUUUUCUUGGCAGCAUUGGCUUUCUCAAGAGGACAAAGUCAGAAUGUCUUUGUAAAAUAUUUAAUUCAUGGUCAUAAAUUAUGUACAAAAAUCAGUAGAAGCAGUUUUUAUGUUCAAAUUUUAAAAACUUAUCUAGGAAUAAUUUUAGAUUUACAGAAGAGUUGCAGAGAUAGUAUAGAGGCUUCUUGUAUACUCCUUACCCCAAUGUUAACAUUUUACAUAAACAGGAAACAUUUGUUAAGAAACCAACAUUGGUAAUUACUAUUAACGAAACUCUAGACUUUAUUAGGAUUACACUAGGUUUUCCACUAAUGUCGUUUUUCUUUUCCAUGAUCGACUUUAGGAUACACCAUGUCUAAUUAGCCUCUAGUCUGUGACGGUUCCUCGUCUUUCCUUGUUUUUCAUAACCUUGACAGUUUUGAGGCAUACUGGUCAGGUGUCUUGUAGGAUGUCCCUCAGUUUGGGUUAGUCUUACGUUUUCCUCAUGUUUGGACUAGGGUUAUGGAUUUUUAGGAAGAAAACCAAGAGGUGAGUAGUGGUUCUCAUCAAAUCAUAUCGGUAGUUGACUGCUAUCAACUUGAUGUUGUGUAAACUCUAGACAUUUGGUUAAGGUAGUGUCUGUUAGUUUCCUCCACUGUAAAGCUAAUGUUUUUCCCUUUCCAUGCUUUUGUUCUUUGGAAACCAGUCACCAAGUCCAGUCUGUGGGAGGCGAGGGGUGGGCAAGAUUAUAUUCCACCUCCUGGGAGGGGGUGUAUCUAUUGUAGUACUUGAAAUUCUUGUCACCAUCUGCCCCUUGCCACACCUGUUUAUUAUUCAGCUAUUUGUGUCAGUAUGGAUUCAUGCCUGUUUCUUUUGUACUGUGGGUAAUAUUUACAAAUUGUUCCAGCUUGGCUGUUGGGAGUUAAGUCAGGUUGACUCUGUGUGUCUUUGACCUGAACCAUCCUUUUGACUUUCGAGCAUCUCCAUCCUUUCUGAUAAGAAAGUAGGAAAGUUGCUUCAGGCUCAUCUUAUAUAUUCCCAGCCCCAGCCCUAGAAUCAUCCUCUUUUCAAAGUUUCCUUUUAUUGAAGAAUGGUUUACAGUGGAACUUAGAAACCAGGAUCUGGACACAGGAUAGCUUGUUUCUAUUGGGGUAUCACUGCUUCUAGACCCUCCCAGCAAACAGAGCUAGGAAAUAUGUGUAUAUUAACCCAUGUACAUGUACAUAUCUGUAAUUAUUUAUGUGUAUAUAUAUUAAGCUGAAGAUAAGUUUGUACUGUCUUCACUUGAAUUCUGUACGACAGGGCAUAUAUUUAAGCUUUAAGGAUGGUAUUUUCCUUAUCCACAGAAUAAAUUAAAAAACAAAAUCACCCCCAAAAAACUAGCUUUUAGCAGCUGUUUGCAAGACAUAUAUUGAUAUUUUAAAAUAAUAAAACUAUAUUGCCUUCAAAUAAUGCCUGUCUUUUUAAAGUCUUUUGGCACACCUCUUCCAGGGACAGAUAUGGCUGUAUUCAUUUCAUAGGUGGAGAAACCGAGGCACAAAGAAGUUGUAAGGAAGACAGAAUUGAAAUAUGAGGGCAAACACAUCUUCUCGAGCAGGAUUUCCUUCAGUGACCCCCUAGACUAGUCUAGACUAGUAGUACUAAUUAAAGAGUUGUUUUGUUAGCAUAUAACUACUCCCUAAAAUGAAAAAGUGAUAUUUCUGUCACUAUUUAUAGAUGUACAAGGUUGACAGGAGGUCAGAAUGGUCAUUAUUUUAUCCUGGUACAAAACAGGAAUAACAUCUAACAAAAUGAAGACAAUGGAGUCCUUCUGUAAAAACAACUUUUUAGUAGACUGACUUUAGUAACUUUGGGGAGUAGAAUGAAACCUAUUAGGUAAGGAUCCUUCCACGUAGAUUACAUUGCAUUGGUCAAAAUUCACAGAUACUCCCUGCAGUAUAUUCAAGUCUUGUAUAACACCUGGCUCUAAUGAUUGAAAUAGCCCCUUUAGUUUGCUGUUUUUCCUCACAGAAUUGUGUA